AUGGUGCAAAUAACAUCCCACCCCAAACGGAUGUUUAACGCCGUUUUCCCCAUUUUUUUUAUUUUUUUAUUCGUCCGCCAGCUCAACACCUAUGGUUUCGGAAAGAUCGUCCCCGAUCGAUGGGAGUUCACCAAUGACUUCUUCAAGAAGGGGGAGAAGCACCUGCUCUACGAGAUCCACCGCCGGAAAACGUCGCAGCCGCAGGUGCCGCACCACCACCACCCCAUCACUGGCCAGGGCUUUUUCCCCUACCCCAGCCGUCUCAGCAUCUCCCCCACCGAUUCGGACGACCAUCCAUGGGCCGAGUCGCCGCCGCCGCUGGCGUCCCCCACCGUCGGCGGAUACCACAGCGUCAACACCGCUGCGUCGUUGACGGUGCUCUCUGAAGACAACGAGAGGCUGAGGAGAAACAACAGCAUGCUCAUGUCGGAGCUCACGCACAUGAGAAAACUCUACAAUGACAUCAUCAACUUCGUGCAGAACCACGUGAAGCCUGUGGCUCCCAGCAAUUCCUAUCAUUCAUCUCUAUUUCUCCCGACCUCAUCGCCGCCCUCGGCCGCCUCCACAAUGCUGCAUAAGCCGCUCACUAAUUUGAUCGGAUACCAACAUAUGAAUGGAGGCGGAAACCCUAAACAAUUUCGGUGUGGGGUGGGGCCCACAGCGAAUAAGAAAAUAAAAACAAAAUAG